GCAAAUAAAAUUGAAACACGGAAUAUUUCCCAUAGCUGGUCCGAUGUACGCGCGAAAAGAAUAAUCUUCGAUCGGAACACAUCUUGAUUUAUCUUAAAUCUUUGAAAAUGGCUUCAGCAUUGGAAUCGUAUGUGAAUCGUACAGUUUCUAUAGUUACAGCAGAUGGAAGAAUAAUUGUGGGAACAUUGAAAGGAUUUGAUCAAACAAUCAAUUUGAUUCUAGAUGAGAGCCAUGAGAGGGUAUAUAGUGCUACACAAGGAGUAGAACAAGUCAUUCUGGGACUAUACAUCAUCAGGGGAGAUAAUGUAGCUUUGAUAGGAGAAAUAGAUGAUGAAGCUGAUCAGAGAUUAGAUUUUAAUGACAUUAAGGCUGAACCUUUGAAUUCAGUUUUACAUUGAUGAUAAGGAUAAAAAGACCUGUUAUGGCUUGGAAAUAAAUCUCAGCUUAGUCUGAUUACAGAAUUUUUAUGACUUACAACCAAAGAGGAUGUACAUUUGAUUACAUAAAUAAACAUAAGCUGAUUGAGAGAGAGAGAGAGGGAGAUUUUCAAUACUUGUGUAUGGUUUUGUGUUAAAUUGAUAUUUUUAAAGUGUUAAAAGUGUAAUUAAACAUUAAAAAAAUGCUUCCCUAAACUAUGAUAAAGGAAAAUUUAAGUCAACUUUAGAUGUUUAAUUUAGUCAACUACUGAGAUGGGUUUGGUUGCUAUCUCAUUGACCCUACCUCUCCUUUUAUUCUUCCUUAAAUUUAUUAAGAAAUAUUUUAUUUCAAUAUAAAUAUUGAAGGUGGUAAAAUAAUACUGUGGAUUCAUUUAUUUUUUUCGUGGGUACCAAAUUUCGUGGAUUAAGGAAAACUUACAUGUUCAUGGACAUUUCAAUUUGUGGUUUUGCCGAAGUCUGCAUACAAGCCUAUAGAAAAUUUGUCAUUCGUUGAACAUUUAAUUUCAUGGUUCACCUGUCACUAGUAUCCAACAAAUAAUAAUGAAUCCACAGUAUAUUUAUAAGAAAAAUGAUUGGUAAAUUACAUCAAUUGUUUUUUUUAAUUUUUUUUUUACUGAAAAUUGUGUGAAAUAUUUAUUUAUUUAUUAAAGAAAUAUUAGAAAUUUCUACAGGAUAUUUUACAAUCAUUCAGUUUGACUUUUAAACUGUUCAUUUAGAUACCAAACUAUCACAUAUUCAAUUUUCAAAUUAUUGAUCAUUAACUAAGCUAUUACAUUAGGGAUUUUAGGAAUUGUUAUUCUAAAAAACAAGGUUUUAUGUUAUUAACAUAAAAAUAUAAAAUAAAAGGAGAGAUAAUAAAAAAAUUACACUUACAGACACUUAGAGUUUAAUUUUUAUUUUUAACUACAACAAAUUUCUAAAUAAUCAAACAUCUAAAAAACUUCUUUCAUCAAAAGUGAGUCCACUAAUACUUUGAGUAAUGAAUGACCUAUAAAAAAAUAUCCAGGAAAAUUUAUUGUCAGCUGAGUCUGACAGUAUGAGAGGAAUUAAGUUCAUAAAUUCUUAUGUGUUUGAUUAUUAAAAGAUCAUUUGUUUGUUUAAUUUUGAAUUUGUGGUUUCAGACAAGUUGGCUGAAAAAGUGCAUUCCAUAGAUGUAAAAAAAAAUUAGUUUAUAUUCACCACAAAAUGCAUGGAAACUUAUAACUCAGGAAUGAAAUCACUCUCAUAGCAAAUACUGAUCACAUAUACAGAAAUGAAUGUUGUAUUUAUCUUCUUACCAAAAGUACAAUUUGCUCAUGUCAUUUUAUCAUGUUUUAAUUCAUAAAUGUACAAAAGACACACAUUAAACUAUUUUAUACA